AUGGCUGACGCUGUUUCCCACCCCUUCGCGAAUGGCAGCGCUGCGGCGCAUCAUGCAGCCUCCAGAUCCAACAGCAUCUCUCAAGCAUCCGAGGACUCGCAGACAGCGCAAGACUUCAUAAACAGCCAGCUCCAGCUUGAGGCCGACGCGCGCGAAGCACUUCCAUACCAAUUCGACACCUGCACGCGGCCUCUUGGCCCCCUCCGACAGCUUCUGUUCUCCUGUCUCACUUGUAACCCCCCGCCCGCCUCGCCUUCCGAUCCCUAUACACCUGCGGGCGUGUGCUACUCCUGCUCCAUCUCCUGCCACGGCGAGCACACUCUCGUCGAGCUCUUCACCAAGCGCAACUUUGUCUGCGACUGCGGCACCACGCGACUUCCCGCGACCUCACCAUGUACAUUGCGUGUCAGCGAACAGACGGGUCUCAAGGGCCAUGCGCACUCCGAGGAGCCGGCUGAGGGGAACAAGUACAAUCACAACUUUCGAAACAGGUUCUGCGGCUGUGGAGAGGAGUAUGACGCGCAUCAAGAGAGAGGCACGAUGUUCCAAUGUUUGGGUCUGGGUUCCGUUGAGGACGGCGGGUGCGGCGAGGACUGGUGGCAUCCUGAGUGUAUUGUCGGUCUGCCUAGGAACUGGUACAAGAAGGGGCAGAAGAAUCGCCCGCUACAAUCGCCAAAAGAAACUGCGACAGUGGCUCUAAACGGUCAUACUGAUGUGUAUGGCCCCACAAGCAGCUUGACGGAAGAAGAGUCUGCACCGAUGUUGAGUGCCACUGAAGCGGAACCGACACAAGACACACUCACGGAAAACCCAGAUGUGGAAAUCACCGAAGCUGUGGAAGACGAUGAGCCUCCGUUGCCGCCAGGCUUCCCUGAGGAAGACGACUUCGACGCUUUCAUUUGCUACAAAUGCACGGAAGCGUUCCCAUGGAUCAAGCGAUACGCGGGCACAGAUGGCUUCCUGCCUCCCGUCUUCUACAAGCCCACGACUGACGCACACACCGAUGCCGAGCCCGAGACGAAGCCGUUGGAGCAGGCGGAGAGUGCUGGCAAUCUACCUGCACUCGACGUAGCAGUUACAGAACCCCCCUCUAAGAAGCGCAAGGCCGACGAAGACCCGUUCGAAAGCGACGCCACAGUAGCACCGCUCAAGCGACAGAAGAGCUCGGACGAGGAAGCCCUACCCUCCGAAGCCGCAAACAGCGCCUCCAACAGCCUCCAACCCACACACCCCGACGCCCUACCAACCCGCCACUCGACCCUCCCUCCCGCCCCCCAGGGCCCCCUCUCCCUCUUCCUCCAACUCACCUUCCGCUCCUUCCUCUGCCACUGCGCCUCCUGCUUCCCCCUCCUAACGCCGCACCCGCAGCUCCUGGAAGAAGAAGUCCCCUACGAGCCCGCUCUCUCCAGCUCCGGCUCUCCCACCGCCGCAGGCGGCAGUGUAGGCACAGCCUCGCUCCUCGACCGCGGCGAAGCAGCCCUCAGCAACGUCGACCGCGUGCGCGCCAUCGAGGGUGUCAUGGUCUACAACCAUCUCAGAGACAAGGUGAAGGCGUUUCUGCAGCCGUUUGCGGAGAGCGGGCGCGCCGUCGGGGCGGAGGAUAUCAAGAGUUACUUUGAGGGGCUGAGGGGGGAUGCCGAGGGGAUUAGGGCGGCGGCUGGGGGGGCGAGUGCGGGGGGGAGUGGGGAGGGUGAAGGUGGUGAUGGGAGGAGGGAGGAGAGGGGGUAUUAG